UGACAGAUACUACCACCCAAAAACUUGGGAGCAUAACACCAACAAGGCAGCAUAAAAAAACAUAAAAUUUGUGCAUAUAGGUCGUUUUGUACGGUUUAGUUUUUUGUUGUUUUUAAAGGCGAUUUUUCAUUGAUGGAGAAGUGUCGAGGUGUGCAAAACGCCGCAUUAUGCCCGGCACGGAACCGUAGCCCAAUACAAGCAGAACUCGAACAAGAUACUUAUCCGGAAGUUGCCGUCUCCAGCUGUUGGUCGCGGGUGCUGUUCUGGUGUGAAAUUACCUGCUGAUGUUUUACUGCGCUCAGCAGUGUUGCUGGCGGAGUAUAGUGACAUCAUUCUUCGAUGUUACGCUGAUCGUACCGCUAGUGCACAUUUCGAACGAAAUUUGGAAGCAGGCAAUCGUCUACGUUCCAAGGAAUCCCUAAAACUGCCGGCGGUGCCAGAAUCCAAGCUGAAGGCAACGAAGGCUAAGUUGUUGGCCCACCCGGAAAAUCAGCGCCGCUAGCUGCAGGCCGUCAAGCUACUCCGCGUUAGGUAGAUCCUACUGCGCGCGGCCAAGUACACCAAAAAGUAUGCCCGCAUGGAGCAUGAGGUGGUGGACAAGGUUAAGAAGGCCGGAAACAUCUACAUUCCGGGCGAGCCGAAGGUUGCCUUCGUCAUGCGUAUCUGUGGUAUCAUUAUCAAGUUGAACAAAGUUACCAAGAACUUGCUGCGUAUAACCGCCCGACAUCAACUGGGGCUUGCAUGCUGCGUGCCGCGUACAAGCCUCAACACUCCGACCUGUGACUGGCGCAAGUACAACCACUACGGCGAAGACGGAGACUUUGGCAACCGCAAGGAAAAGAUCAAUGAGCUGAUCAAGCGUAUGGUUUACUUAAGUGAUACAUAGCGCGUUGAGGGAGAGUGUUGAAUAAAACAAAACCAGGAAUAUAAAUAAAUUAAGUUUGAGAAAA